AUGGUCACAGAAAAACCGCUGUCGUCAAAACCGCCUAGGCCUGUUUCCAUCAGCAUUCCUUCCAACCAGGCUCCACAAGAAGAAUCACUGGCCAAAGGAGGAACUGACGCUAAACCCCCAGUGCCGACGCCAGACGCGACUGAAGGGGCAAAUUCCUCGUCAAAAGCAUCUUCUUCGGCUAUAGUAUCGCCUCUGGUAGCGUCAGAAGCUAAGAAUUCGCCCUUUCCUCAUACGCUAGCGUCAGGUACGCAGAGUGUCACUGGAGCAGGCUCUUCAGCGAACCAAAGUGCUUUGAACGUGGCAGAGGGGCCCAGCGUGAUCAACAAGCAGCUUUUGUCGAAGUUGAACAAGUCCUUGAAGGAGAAACAGAGAAUCAUCAACAACAGCAAGUCUGACUCGAAGAACCCGGCACUGAUCCAGAAGAUCGUCACUACGUCACCUGUGCACGGUACGUUUCCAGGAAAUGUGAGUGACAAGAACGAGGAGAAACCUGACAGUUCGGGGGCAGGUGGUGAUCGCUCCAACGAUCAUCACGAGAGAUCCGCCAAUGACAACGAACCGCUUCUACAUCCACCCUCAGGCCAUAGCCGAACAGAAACACCGCUUUCGGCGCUACCCUCUCUCAAGGGAAGCACGUCGAAGGUGGAUCAGGAUCAUAGCAAAUCGAAGAAAAAGAUCUCCAAACAAAACUCAACAAGGACAGAUUUUUUCGCAGCCAAGUUGGCCUCUGCUGUGGACGACGUGGACACCUCGGAUAGCGACGAGACUUUUGUGUACGAGAACAGCAACAACGACUUCGAGGCACCAAACGCGUCCUCCAGUAAGGCUGGGCCAGCAACGCUACAUCGUGACGACACUGAUGUCAGUACCAAUAACAAUGCCAAUGCCAAUGCGAAUAGCGGCAGCAACAACAAUGUGUCCUCUGCUGGCGUUGUGCAUGAAAAUGAAAGUGCUAGUGCUAGUGUACGGAACAUGACGCCGUUGGAUUCUGCCGUUCAGAGCCCGUCAGUGGAGAAGAAAGAGCACGACGAGCCCAGUGCGCUUGCAACACUCCCAAACCCCAUAUAUCAAAGAGCAGAGCUGAUUCAUUCAGUGCAGUCGUCAAAAUGGAACCUCAGAAAUACGGUCACCAAUUCGAAUGUGACACCUCCAACAACUCAGGUUGUUCGCAACCAACAGAACCCCAUGAGUGCCCAUGGGUCUAAUUCAUGCUCGGAAGUGCACCUGUUCGCCAACCCAUACAUCGAUCUCAACAAGGGUGGCUCGAUCAAAAAUGUCAGGAAGUCAAGCUCUCAGUCGCUCAUAAACAACGAUCACAAGGCAAAUCUAAAUCUUUCACCUCGUUAUGCCGCCUCGAACCAGAACUUCGGAUUCAAUUCACCUGGCGCCCACAGCCAUGAGGGUUCGCAUGACAGAUACUCUUUUGAUGAGGACGGUAUCAUGUGUGACGAGGUUUCGUAUCAGGGCGACGUUGCUCUGGUAUGCACUGAUUUUAAUAACACGGUAACUCAGUCCUCGGAGCAACCAAAAGAUGAUCAUUUGGCCCUCAACAGCAGGAGCACAGACAAAAACCACAGAUCCUCCACGACGUCGCUGAAACUCAGAUCGACGACUUCUAAGUUGUUCGACAAAAAGGGCGCUCAGCCAAGGCGCUACAGUAUUAUACCUGACGAUAUCGACAUUGAGGAUUUUGACGACGACUUAAUUUAUUACGACAACAACAACAUUCGUUUUCCAUACAAUAGCCAGAACGGGAGCCACCUUAAUGAAUCCACCUCGUUACUUAACCAUCACCGCAUGCCCCACUAUCGUUCACUCAACUUGAGUAACACAGGUCCCCGUCAACAUGUCAACAAUAAGCGAUACUCAUCGAUGGGUUUCAAUAACAGAGCUCCGCUGGGCAACAACAUAUAUCCCUUUCCGUACCACGAUCAAAAAUAUCAGUUUGAUUUGGAUAACUACGAUGAAGAGGCUACAAUGGAUAGUCCUGACGAAGUGCAUGCUAAGUCCAUCUUUGCCAAUCGGAACAAUCUUUCACCCAGCAACACUCACUUCAGGCUUCCUAGAAAGGUAUCUGAUGACAGUAUGAGGAAAGGCCGUGUGAGAUGCUUAAAAAGCUUUGUCUACACUAUGGUGUCUAUCGUAUUGAUAUUAGCCAUCGGUUUCAUCAUGGGAUUCUUGCUCGCUUCCACUAAAGAACUUUCCAACUUGUCGAUUGUGAAUAUCAACAAUGCACUAGUGAGCCAGGAUGAGCUACUAUUCAGUGUUAUUGUGGAGGCAGUCAACCCAGGCUGGUUCACGGUCUCUAUCGAGGAUGUUGAAAUCGACAUUUUUGCCAAGAGUGGCUAUCUCAAGGACGAGCUGGCUGGAACUCUGGAGAGCACUGUAGAAACCGUGUUGUUAGGCAGCGUGACAAGUUUUGAGUCUACGGUCGACUUCCACCGCAGUUUCUUCAAUAGAGAGUUCCAGCAGCAGAAGGGUGAAAUUAAGCUUGUGGCACCUGGACGCAAUCUUACAGGAAGUAUCGAUACGGCACUUUUGCAAAGUGUUGGAGACAUGGAAGAAACAGAGAAUCCAGACAACUCGGAGAAGUGGGAAAUUAUACGAAAGCAUCCCUUUGAUCUCAUAUUGAGGGGCGUGUUGAAGUACAAGUUGCCGCUCUCCAACACAGAGAAGUCAGCCGUGGUGGAUAAAGUAGGCUACAUCGAUCCCGAAGUUCCUCAGGGGAUAAUAUAA